AUGGCUACGUUUUCGAUAAUACAGGGUACCUUUCUUUUAGCGACUGCCCUCGCCUUCCUAUACCUUGGCUACCGUGCAGCUCUGCCUAAGCCUUUACCCGGUAUUCCAUACGAUCACGAUGCGGCGAGGAAACUCUUUGGUGAUGUGCCCGAGAUGAUGAGCUACGUCAAGCGCACGAAGCGCAUCUUUUGCUGGCUCACCUCACUGACCGACCGCCACAACAGCCCCAUCGUGCAGGUGUUCAUCAAGCCCUUCUCGCUGCCCUGGGUCGUGGUCGUCGAUCCGUUUGAGAGCCAGGACAUCCUCCUGCGGCGCACGCGCGAGUUCGACCGAGCGCCCUUCUUCGGCGAGGUCCUGGGCGGGAUCAUGCCAGAGCAGCACAGCCAGUUCCUCAGCACCGACGACCGCUUCCGCAACAACCGCGCGCUCAUCAACCACCUCAUGGCGCCGACUUUCGUCCGCGAGGUCAGUGCGCCCCAAAUGCACAAGGCCGCCGAGGAGAUGGUCCGCGUGUGGGCCGUCAAGUGCGACAAGGCGGCCGGGAGGCCCUUCUCCGCCCACCACGACCUGACCUACCUCGCGCUGGACGCCCUCCUCGUGUCGGCGUUUGGGCUGGCCGAGAACGAGAGCAUCACGGUGAACCGGCUGCGCGGUGUCCAGAACUGGGAGCCCAAGGCUUCAGCCAGCAUCGAUGAGCCGGUGCCUUUCCCCGAGGACGAGGGCGACAUCCCGCCCAUCUCCGCCGCCAUCAUCACGCUCUCCAACUCCCUCACUGACAACCAGCUCUCGCCCGCCCCGGCCCUGACGGCCUGGGUGAUGCGGCAGUUCCCUUUCAUGAGGAAGGCAAUCGCCGUUAAGAACGAAUACGUCUACCGGAAAGUCGAGGAGUGCAUCCGCCUCUUCGACACCGCGGGCGACAAGGACAACACCAAGUCCAGCACCACCCAGCCGCGCAGUGCGCUGCACUCGGUGCUCCUCCGCGAGCGCGACACGGCCGCCAAGGACGGCCGCCAGCCGCGCUACCACAGCCGCGCGAUCGCAGACGAGUUCCUGGGGUUCAUGAUGGCGGGCCACGACACGACCGCCACGACCAUGGCGUGGGGCGUCAAAAUGCUAGCCGACAACCCGGCGGCGCAGGCGCGCCUGCGCGCCGCGCUGCGUGCCGGCCUCCCCAAUGCCGCUGGACGGGCGCCGACGUACGCGGAGCUGGCGGGCGCGCACGUGCCGUACCUGGAUGCUGUCGUCGAGGAGGUGCUGCGGCACGCGAACUCGAUUGCGUUCGUGGUGCGGGAGGCUAUGUGUGAUGCGACUGUGCUUGGGCGGCGGAUCCCGCGCGGCACCAACGUCUUCCUCAUGGCAAAUGGCGCUGGGUACCUGGGUCCGAACAUGGCUGUUGAGCCGAGCGAGCAGCGGAGCCCUGGGGCGCGGAGGGGUGUCGCCUCGAAUACGAAGACGCUUACAGGGAUAUGGGAGGAUGAUGACAUCGCUGUGUUCAAGCCGGAGCGGUGGCUCAAGACGACGGCGAAGACGGCAUCGGGUGCCCCAGGGGCACAGGACGAGACGAUGUUUGACCCGCUGGCUGGCCCGACGUUGGCCUUUGGUUUAGGGCCCCGCGGGUGUUUUGGUAAGAGGCUUGCGCUGCAGGCAUUGCGGAUCCAGAUUGCCCUUGUUGUGUGGCAUUUUGAGCUGAAGCAGUGCCCUGUCGAGUUGAGUGGGUACGACUCUGUGCAGAGGUUUGCUCGGGAGCCUACCCGGUGCUAUGUAAGGCUUUCGAAGGUUGAAUGCAAUGUUCUGCUCGAGAGGUUCGAGUAUGAAGAGAGCGUCUCGAUCUAG